AUGAGAAAUAGGGAAAUCACUUCAGAUAGAUUUACUCACUGUUUGAAGUCACAUCCAUUAACUUCAGCAGUCGGAUACUUGUCUUAUGAGUAAAAGUAGGAGUUAAAACUCUCAGGAACAGCUUGCAUAGGUUGAUCAGCUGUUAUGCUGUUCUGUUUUCCUUUGCUAAUGGUUGUGGCCCUUCUGGUUUUUGACUUGCAGAACACAACCGAGCCUCCUGCUGUAGUGGAGACCUUAGCUGAUGUACCUGAGCACGUGCUUCGGGGGCUUCCUGAGGAUGUCAGGCUCUUCCCAUCUGCUGUUGACAAGACAAGGCUUGGUGUUUGGGCAACAAAGUCAAUUUUAAAAGGGAAGAAAUUCGGGCCUUUUGUUGGCGAUAAAAAAAGAUCUCAAGUUAAGAGCAAUGUAUACAUGUGGGAGGUGUAUUACCCAAACCUGGGGUGGAUGUGUGUUGAUGCAACUGAUCCAAAGAAAGGGAACUGGCUGCGGUAUAUAAACUGGGCACGUUCAGGAAAGGAGCAAAACCUGUUUCCUCUGGAGAUCAACAGGACCAUAUACUACAAAAGUUUAAAGCUUGCAACCUGAUGAAUUUUAUCCCAAUAAAUCUUGCCAGCAAGAUCGUGCUGCCAAGCAGCUUUUUCUGAAGACUGCUGGAGCAUCCAAUAAGGCUUCUUUUUUGUUUGUUUGUUUGUUUGUUUUUUGUUUCAAAAUCCAUCAGGGAUUUCUUGCAGUGUGAUGGAACAUCUGGGAUGCAGUGGGCUUCUUCAAAGAGCAGUCUUGAGUUUGGCAGUGUUUAUCUGCUCCUUCAGCAACCACUUUGUGCUCUGCCUUUCCGUGUGCGCUGUGGGGUUGGUUUAGCUUCAGGCUGGUGUUAGCAGUACCAAUCCUGGAAUCAUGGCCUAGCAUCUGGGAGCUGAUGUAGGCUGGUUGGAGGGAGCCUUACGCCAGAAACAGUGUUACCUCCAGGCUGCCUAUGUGUGAAGACUUGUUGCUGUAGCUGUCACCAGUGCAGAAGCACCUGUGUGUAGCUUUUGGUCUGGGUGCUGCUACAGAACUGAGUUGUUUCUGCCUUGUGUGUGUAGCUCCAGGAACACAGUUUAGACAUACCUGAGCUAGCUCUGCAGGGCUGAGAUCACUCAUAUUAGCACUCCCAGCUUCGUACUGCUCAGAAGUGACCAAGCUCUUCCUAGGAGUGUUGCACCAUGCUGCAUGGGCUGGCAGCUCACCCUGCUGUCCCUUGGUAGCCACUGACACAACAGGGCAGCUCAGUGUGAGGUCAUGGUUGGACUUGAUGACCUUUGAAGUCUUUUUCAACCUAAAUGAUUCUGUGUUUCUAAGUGGUAUGUAAGGAAAAUUCUGACCUUGUGAAUUUGUUGUGGUUUUUGAAGUGGAAUUUUGUCAUGGAAUUGGACAGUUUUCACCACCAUUAAACAUUCAGCAUUCAGUUGGAGGGGAUCAUGUUGGAUCAUGUCAAGAUCAGCAAGUUUUUGAUUACAUGAAUGGGCUAUUCUUUAAUAGUAAUUAAUGCUAGUAAUAAUGGUAAUGAUAAUUACCUCCAUAUUCUAUCUGAUGUCUUAGCUGUUCCAAGAAUAUAAAAUGCCAAAGGACGGCAUUUUCUAGCGCUUCCUAAAGUUACUUUUUACUAUGUGAAGUGACAAAUUUAGAGUAAGCAAAUCUCUUAACAGUAGAGUGAAGAAACUGAAAGCUGAGCUGUGAGAAACUGACAGCUUAGGUAGGGGGAUAAUGUAGAAGUGACUUUAAAUUUGUGAUCUCAUGGGCAAGUUGCAGCAUGAAGGCAUUUAUUGUCUGUUGUAUCAGCUCUCACUAUCCUAUAACUUGUUAAUUUUCCCUGCAGUUUCUAACUCGAAAAGAAUUGUGUUGUUUUCUGCUUCCUUUUCACAAAGUGUUGUUUAUACAUCUCCCAUUUAUUUAAAGACUUGGUUUCUGUCUCGUUUUCUGUGUGGGAGAUGAAUUUGUUCUUACAGUGUCCAUAUCAUAGAUUCACAUCACGCUUUAUUGACCAGUGAGACAGAAGAAAACAUGUACUUAAUAACAGCUCACAUGUUCAGGUUUUGAUAAAGUGUUCCUAGAUGGCCCCUUCCUGAUCUUCUUUGUAAUUCAUAAAUUCAGGAGAAUUCCAUUUAGUGAUAAAUAAACAACACAUUUUUUAUUUACCUUCAACAGAAAAUUAGUGGCUUGUAUAUCAUUUUGUUCUGCUUUACCUGGUAGCAUUUUUAAUGCUGUAAAUUUUUUCCCCAGGUGUUUGUUUGGGGGGUUCUGAUUUUAAGUUUAAUCUGCAAGCUUUAAUUUCCCUGUUCUCUGCUGUACAUGAAAAGUAAAGUAAAAUUUCAUGUUGGGGACUCCUAAUGAGGUCUCAGAUAAUAUUCUGAACUAAGCACAAGCAACUAUUUUUGUCUUCUGUCUUCUCUUCCUGUUUACUGAAGAAUUGAGGAUAUUUGUAGGUUGUUUUGCAUAUGUUUUCCCCAGCAUACAUGUAUGAGAGUUGUCAUAUGUCACUGAAACAGCUUAAACUGGUUAUAGAGUUUCAGAAGUUCUUCCUGUCUCUGCUAAUUAAAUGAGCUAGAUGAAUGGUGUUAUUCUGCACACAGUAAACUGCAGUGAAAACUCAGUUUCAAAAAGUCUCCUAAAUAAGUUAAGCUAUGAUCACGUCCUUGAUUGAGGUGAAAUUAAUUUGUUUAUGGAAAGACGUUUCGUCAGACAGGUUUACAAUAACUCGGGGAACACAAUGUAAAAUAGUAACAUGCAGAGUGAAAAGAGACCCGAACACCAAUACCACAAAGUGUCUGCUGUGGUUACAGCUGGGGAGGUAAGGCCGCGUCCAAAUGCAAGAGAGCAGAGAAGCAGUAAAAUACAAAGUCUGUAGUGAAAAGUGCAUGCUCUAGUAAGAUCAGAUAGGUAAAUGCCUAUCUCAGCCUUCUAUCAUUGCUGUCCCAACCUGACGUUACAACAUGAUCUAGAGGUGACAGCCCGGAGGAAGCUGCUUGGCAGAGGUGUUGCUGGAGGCUGCAGAAGUGGCAUUUGGUCACUGUGGUCCUUUUCUCCCUCCUGUUGCUGCUGAUGGAGCUCUUUUGAUGGUCUAAUUAUGAAGUGGCUGCUGCAUCUCAUUUUAGAAGCACAAGGUUAGAGGGCUUAAUUUAGAUUCUAGCAUUGUUACUCCAAAGCUAAAUUCAUCAAGUUGAAUGUCAGUUCCAGCCAAGGAACUAACAAAUUACAUGUUUGUUAUCAUCAUGUGUUUGAAUUGCCUAGUUUUACCAGCUCUUUUCUCUGAGUUUGUAUAUAGCUGAAAAGUCAUUUGCGUCAGGUAACUCUUCUUUAUGCCAGCUGCAAGAUGGAACCAUGCAAGUACAAAAGCAGCAUGGCCAGCAGAUUGAGGGGGUGAUUCUACCCCUCUACUCUGUGCUGGUGAGAUCUCACCUGGAGCACAAAUGUAGGGUCCUCAGUACGGCAGAGAUGGAGAGGAGGGCCACAGAAAUGCUCCCAGGGAUGGAACGUGAGGACAGGCUGAGAGCUGGGGCUGUGCAGCACGGAGGAGAGAAGGCUGCAGGGAGAGCUGAGAGCGGCCUGUGUGUCUAAAGGGG